GGUGGCGUCCCUCCUCCCCUGUAUCUCUGGAGUAGGUUUAUUUUGGUUUACCCUGUUCCCGUGCUGCCGCCAUUAGACAAAUCGGCACUGGAAAUGGGAAUUAGUACUUUAUAAGUUCCCAGAAAGCUCGGUGAAAAAAAAAACUGGGGUUCGCGGAUAGCAGGAUCGCUGCGGUGGAAAAGAGCGCCCUGGCAGGCUGAGUGGCCUUUGGUCAGGCGUGAGCCAGCGGAGGGUGGGAGGGAAGGGGCAUAUAGAAGUUCUGUUCGAGCGAGGAUGACUGAUUUCCAGCCGAAGUGGAGCUGCGAGUAUUGCACAUACGAGAACUGGCCAUCCGCCAUCAAGUGCACUAUGUGUCGCGCCCAACGACCCACAGGCCCCAUCAUCACCGAGGAGCCGUUUAAGAGCAGUCCGAGUCUCACCUCACACCUGUGCUCCACUCAGGAGGGCUCCAGUGUUCUCAUCUGCCCUGAUUCGAGUGCCCGACCACGAGUACGUGUAACCGAUGAGGUGCCAGAGAUUGCCAGCAAAUGGUCAUGCCACAUGUGCACCUAUCUGAACUGGCCCCGUGCAAUCCGCUGCACUCAGUGCCUCAGCCAGAGGCAGCAAGGAUCUCAGCAGGGCCCUCACAGGCCCUCAGACGGUCCACACACCUCUGAACCAGGCUGUCGACUUCCUGCACCCGUGGCCCCUGACCCUUGUGAGGAAUACAAUGACCGUAAUCGUCUGAACACACGUGUACAGCACUGGGCUUGCUCAGCCUGCACUUAUGAGAACUGGCCCAAGACCCUAAGGUGUGUAGUGUGUGACCACCCUAAGACGAGCGAUGCUGUGCUGCAGGAGCCUCAGCCCGAGAGCACCAUGGCCCUGUCUAUAGUGAACGAGCAGGAGAGGACAGCAGGGGGAGGGGGUAUGGGGGGCAGUAAAACGGCUCAGCGGAGGCUUUCGCCCCCUGUGCCUGCUGGCCAGGCCGAAGUGCAGAUUGAACUGGCGUCUGGAGCAGUGGGUGCCCAAGAAGAGCACGAGACGGACUUUAAGAAACUCAAGCAAAUCAGGAACAGGAUGCGGAGGAUUGACUGGCUCUUUCUCAAUGCAUGUGCAGGUGUGGUGGAGGGUGAUUUGGCUGCAGUCGAAGCCUAUAAGUCAUCAGGUGGUGACAUCGCACGUCAGCUGACCUCAGAUGAGGUCCGCCUGCUGAAUCGUCCAUCUGCGUUUAACGCUGGCUUCACUCUGGUGCACCUCGCUAUCCGCUUUCAGCGCCAGGACAUGCUCUCUGUACUCCUCACGGAGGUGUCCCAGCAGGCAGCUAAGUGUAUUCCAGCCAUGGUAUGUCCUGAAUUAACAGAGCAAAUUCGUCGGGAAGUGGCUGCCGCGCUACACAGACGUAAAGGAGAGUUUCCCUGUUACUUCUUCACUGAUAUCACUACCUUUACUCUUCCAGCAGAUAUUGAAGACCUGCCUCCUAAUGUCCAAGAGAAGCUGUUUGAUGAGGUGUUGGAUCGAGAUGUACAGAAAGAGCUUGAAGAGGAAUCUCCAAUCAUAAACUGGUCUUUGGAGCUAGGCACACGAUUGGACAGCCGGUUGUACGCUCUGUGGAACCGCACUGCAGGAGACUGCCUUCUGGACUCGGUGCUGCAGGCCACAUGGGGCAUCUACGACAAAGAUUCCGUACUGAGAAAGAGUCUGCAUGACAGCUUACAUGACUGCUCCCACUGGUUCUACACCCGCUGGAAGGAGUGGGAAUCGUGGUAUUCUCAGAGUUUUGGCUUGCACUUCUCUCUGAGAGAAGAGCAGUGGCAGGAAGACUGGGCUUUUAUUUUAUCACUAGCCAGUCAGCCGGGGGCGAGUUUAGAGCAGACUCAUGUGUUUGUGCUGGCUCAUAUCCUCCGCCGGCCCAUCAUCGUGUACGGCGUGAAAUAUUACAAGAGCUUCAGAGGGGAGACGUUGGGAUACACCCGCUUCCAGGGUGUGUAUCUGCCCCUGUUGUGGGAGCCGAGUUUUUGCUGGAAGAGCCCCAUAGCAUUGGGUUACACAAGAGGCCACUUCUCAGCGUUGGUUGCCAUGGAGAAUGACGGCUAUGACAACCGCGGUGCAGGUGCUAACCUCAACACAGAUGAUGAUGUCACCGUCACAUUUUUGCCCUUGGUGGACAGUGACAGGAAGCUGCUGCAUGUCCACUUCCUGUCUGCACAAGAGAUGGGAACAGAGGAGCAGCAGGAGCGUCUGCUGAGGCAGUGGCUGGACUGUUGUGUGACUGAGGGUGGAGUCCUGGUGGCAUUGCAGAAGAGCUCCAGGAGGCGGAGCCAUCCUCUCGUCACACAGAUGGUGGAGAAGUGGUUGGACGGAUAUCGGCAGCUGGGCACUUGCCCUGCCCUCUCAGAUGGCGAGGAAGAAGAGGAAGAUGAAGAUGAGUGAGAAGGAGAGGCUUCUCUUUACUCAGAGACUUGGUGCACCUUUACCCCUCCUUGUGAGGAACACAUACACUAAUGUACCAUUAUUUAUCCUUGUCAUAUGUAUAUACACACACAUACACACACACAUUCUUACUCUUCAGCAAAUCAGUGGUCUCUUCUCAUCAAUGACGCAAAAAAAAAAAAAAAGAUUUUGGCCCACGUGAAAUAAAAGAACUUAGGUUAAAAAUGGUACAUGCCUUACAGAGUAUGCCCUUUGUUUUAUUCAAGUUAUUAUUCUAGAUUUGCUUUUGGAAGCAAGAAUUGAAGAAAUAAGAUAUUUCAGUAGUUAUUCUAAGAGCACUUAAGCACAUUUUUUUUUUCUUUUUUAAAUUUGCUUCAGCUCCAUUUUUAAACUUUAUUUGUUGGUAACACCUUUCAUAUACUUAUACAUCACUUGAAUUUGAGAUCAGUCUUUUCGUCAAGAUCCAUUCACUGAGAUAUUUAUUUAUCUGUAUGAUAGUUUGUGAGCUACGGAAAUGAAUACAUACCACUGUAUGAUAAAAGUUUUGACCUCUCAUGUGCAUGAGGAAUUCAACUGCAAACUUGAUACCAUUUUCUGUGGGUAAUCGGCACUCUGUUCCUGCCUCACAAGACAGAGCUAGCCUUUCCAAAUGGAUCAUUCUUUUUAGUUGGUUGUUAACGCUGAACGUUACACUACAUGUACACUAAGUCAUGUUUUUACAUACUGUAACACUUGGGUGUCUGGUCACAUUUGGUGUGACCGUUUAGGUGUUCUGAUUUUUUUUUCUCCUCUCUCUGCUAAUAUUCUCUGGAUGUGCUUGUUAAUAUUACAUUCAAAGACUUGACUGAAACCAAAGUGAACAUUGGUCUGUGGUCUUGCAGUGAUCAGACUUGUUUGUUUUGAUGUCUUCACCCUCUCCUCUUGUGGCUGUGUUCAGUCUAGUCCCUCACCUAGUUUUAAAGACACCUUUGAGUUCUCAUUUUCCGUUAUUAUACAAUUAUGUCAAAUCUUUGGCAUAUAUCUUAUGUCUCUGAUGUGUGAUGAGGUGGAGACCAAAUCAUUGAAGGAUUAUAAGCUGAAUGUCUAACCAGUAAAGCUUCUUUAAAACCG